AUGGAUCCGCCAGAAAGCACCCGCAUGGUGCGGUUUUUCCAGAAGUUCACGUGCACUGCCAAGGGUCAGCAUCCAGGUGAUGGGACAGGACAGGAAGUGCAGACAGAGAAUGUGACAGUGGCCGAAGGUGGGGUGGCUGAGAUUACCUGCCGUCUACACCAGUACGAUGGGUCGAUAGUUGUUAUUCAGAACCCAGCCCGCCAGACUCUCUUCUUCAACGGUACCCGGGCCCUGAAGGACGAGCGCUUCCAACUUGAGGAGUUCUCACCGCGAAGGGUUCGGAUCCGGCUCUCGGAUGCCCGUCUGGAGGACGAAGGGGGCUACUUCUGCCAGCUCUACACGGAAGAUACCCACCACCAGAUCGCCACGCUCACUGUGCUGGUGGCCCCAGAGAACCCCGUGGUGGAGGUCCGGGAGCAGGCGGUGGAGGGUGGCGAGGUGGAGCUCAGUUGCCUGGUCCCGCGGUCCCGCCCGGCGGCCGUCCUGCGCUGGUACAGGGACCGCAAGGAGCUGAAAGGAGUGAGCAGCCAACAGGAGAAUGGCAAAGUCUGGCGGGUGAUGAGCACCGUGAGGUUCCGGGUGGACCGCAAAGACGACGGUGGCAUCGUCAUAUGCGAGGCACAGAACCAGGCGCUGCCCACGGGACACAGCAAGCAGACGCAAUACGAGCUGGACGUCCAGUAUUCCCCCACCGCCCGCAUCCAUGCCUCCCAGGCUGUGGUGAGGGAGGGAGAUACGCUGGUGCUGACGUGUGCAGUGGCAGGGAACCCCAGGCCAAACCAGAUCCGCUGGAACCGCGGGAACGAUUCGUUGCCGGAGCGAGCCGAGGCCAUGGGGGAAACGCUCACGCUGCCAGGCCUGGUCUCCGCCGACAAUGGCACCUACACUUGCGAGGCGUCAAACAAGCAUGGUCACGCGAGGGCGCUCUACGUGCUUGUGGUCUACGACCCCGGGGCGGUGGUAGAAGCUCAGACGUCGGUGCCCUAUGCCAUCGUGGGUGGCAUCCUGGCGCUACUGGUCUUUCUGAUCAUUUGUGUACUGGUGGGCAUGGUCUGGUGCUCGGUCCGGCAGAAAGGCUCCUAUCUGACCCACGAAGCCAGUGGCUUGGAUGAACAGGGAGAAGCCAGAGAAGCCUUCCUUAAUGGUAGCGACGGACACAAGAGAAAAGAAGAAUUCUUCAUCUGACCCGGCCUGCACCACAGGCUCGGGCCUGGGCUGGGGGCAACCCCUCCGCACUGCCAGCUGCCAGGAACCAGCAGAGACAUUUGCCAGAGUCUGGGAUGGUGGACUUCUUUUCCCACCACUAACACCUCAGACGCUUGGGCAGGGAUGGGGGCGACGGGUGGCUGGGUCACUGCCAGGGCCAGAAGUGAGGGCCCAGCAGUCUGGAUCUCCCCAGGGGCAGGGCCAGAGGUCCACAUACCCCCAAGUCCAGGGAGGGCAGUGGGGUUUGGGUUGGGGAAAGGUCAGAGCCCCUAGGCUACAGAACCAGGUCUUGUGGGGAGGGGGCAGA